AUGAAAAGCUCAUCGCUGCAGUUUCGUGUGAUCCCCAAGGCCGAACUCGACGACGACAUCGACUCUGCCACGUCCUUCACAUCGGUAUGUAUCAAUACGGCUAUAUAUCUUCCAUACUUAGUCUCAGAGUGCUCCAAAGCAGGCGUGAGUUUCAAGCGCGCCAUUUUCAACCACAUUUGUGAUGCUGUCACCGCCCACCAUUCUGGGCAGAAAGCUCAUGUCGUUAUUAACUGCACGGGUUUGUCUGCUGCCAAAAUAGGAGGCGUCGAGGACGGUACAGUCACCCCAGCACGGGGCCAGAUAGUUCUCGUCAGGAACGAUCCCGGCGCCAUGUAUACCAUUUCAGGAUGUGACGACGGAGAGGAUGAAGUCGUCUAUGUUAUGAUGCGAGCAACAGGUGGAGGCACAAUUCUGGGUGGUUCGUACCAGAAGGGUAAUUGGGAGUCUCAGCCCGAUCCCAAUCUCGCGAUGAGGAUCAUGAGGAGGGCCGUAAAGCUUUGUCCGCAGCUCACAUUGGGGGCUGGUGUAGAAGGGCUGGACAUUAUUCGUCAUGGUGUUGGUCUUAGGCCCCUCAGAGCUGCGGGUGCCAGGGUAGAGAAAGAAAAGAUCAACGGGAUUUGGGUCAUCCAUAAUUAUGGUCAUGGUGGUUAUGGAUAUCAAUCUUCGUAUGGCUGCUCACAAGAGGUGGUUAAGCUGGCGGACAACAUAUUAGACGAGAAAGCCAGGGACAAGGUCUCGGGGCGAAGCUAUUCCCUCGAACCUAGCACGCUGCGAAGCCCAGUUGCGAUGGACUUUUCAAACAUCUUUCGUCUCGUGAAUCUGUUGGUCGGUGCUGUAAUGAUUCUGGGUGGGAUCAGUCAAUUCAUCCCACAUCUCACAAUAGGCAACACGAUCACGGGCAUAUAUGUGAUACUUUUUGGCCUUGCUAUCGGAGGCCUCGAGCUCCUACCUCAAGUUCCACCUUAUCUCCCUCGAUACGCGAGUUUCCUCUUCUCCUUCCUUGGUCGUGGUUUCUUCUACGUGUUUGUCGGGUCGAUUAUCAUUGAGGGCAAUAAACUUCGACUCAUUGCCGGACUGGUGGUGGCCAUUAUUGGGGUGGCCUAUUGUGCCCUUGAAUUCGCACCCCAAAUCGAACCACCCUCGAACAUGAGAGAUGCAGACGCUGGAUGGGGCGCAGAACAAGUCUGA